AAUAGUUUUAUUAUAUAUAUAUAUAUAUAUUUCAUUUUAGGCGUAUGUCAUGUUCUAUUCUAUUCACCCGUACGUUAUACGAGUAUUUAAGUUAUAAACUUAAAUUAUGUGUACCGCUAUCGGGACAAAUAUUUUGUCAUAGUAUAACUAUAACUUAUAAUCGUGACCAAGGCACCAUCAGAGCCGAGCCAAGAUGAGAACAAGCUUAUCUAUGUCUGCUCUUAAUCUAGAGGAAUGGCGACAAGCAGUUCGUUCACCUCCAAUGUACCGAAUUGGCAAUACAACCAUGCGAAUGCAGUUUAAUUUUGUUGGAGCUAUUGUAAUUGUUGGUAUUGCUUUUCUCGUUGUACUGUAUACAUUUAUGCCUUAUUCUAAAGAUGGAUUCCACAUGACCAAUGACUUCUUAAAACAUGAUGAUCAUCAACAUAAUUCAUUACAUGUAAUAGAAGAAAAGAACUUUAAACCGAGUCUUUACUAUAAUACUACUUAUCCUCUAACUCCUCCAGUUCGAACAGAUCAUGGGCUUCGAUUCAGAAUAGCAGUAGUGAGUGAUUUGGAUACAGCAUCAAAAGCUGAACAAGAACCAUUUACAUGGAUAAGUUACUUGAAAAAAGGGUUCCUUACAAUUGAUCUUGCAAAGAAGUCAGUGGAAUUAAAAUGGGAUAAAGAAAUCAUUACAGUCAAGUCCAAGCUUUCUCAAGAAGGCCGUGGGAUGGAGCUUUCAGAACUUGUCUUCUUUAAUGGCAGGUUAUUAACAGUAGAUGAUAGAACAGGAAUUAUCUUUGAGCUAAUUAGCAACAUAGCUAUCCCUUGGGUUAUUCUCACAGAUGGAGAUGGAAAAAGUGCUAAAGGUUUCAAGUGUGAAUGGGCAACAGUAAAAGAUGGACAUCUUUAUGUGGGAGGGCUUGGAAAAGAAUGGACAUCACCCCAGGGAGAACUUCUAAACUACAACCCUCAGUGGGUUAAAGUGAUUUCACCAAAUGGUGAAGUGCAGCAUCAAGACUGGCGGGAAAAAUAUGUUUCAGUCAGAAAACAAGUUGGCAUCGACUUUCCUGGGUAUAUGAUACACGAAUCUGUUGUAUGGAGCCCAAUCUAUCGAAAGUGGUUCUUUUUACCCAGAAGAGCAAGCACAACCCGAUAUGAUGAAAAAGAAGAUGAAAAAAAAGGGACUAACUUGAUGAUAGAAGCAAAUGAAGAUUUUACAACCAUCAGUGUAAAUACCGUAGGACCCUUAAUUCCAUCACAUGGUUUCUCGUCAUUCAAAUUUGUACCUGAAACUUCAGAUACUGUGAUAAUCGCUCUCAAGUCAGAAGAAUUAGAAGGAAAUGUAUCUAGUUAUAUUACUGUUUUUACUACAGAUGGAGAAAUUCUUCAACCUGAAACCGAGAUAGGGAAGUAUAAGUUUGAGGGUAUUGAAUUUAUAUAAAUAUUUAUAGUUAAAAUUGAUAUUCCUUGAAAUUUGAAGAGAUUUUACUUUCCAGAGAAAAUAGUAACAGUCUUCGAAGCUGUUUGGUUUUGCUGUGUAGUCCUUUACCCACCACUAAUAACCUAAACUACUUUAGGUGUUUGGAUAGCAUGUGACUUACCAUCACAAAUAUCUAUUAUUACUUAGCAGUCUUAACUGGUUAUUUAUUUGGUUUCUAAUUUCUUGACCAAAACGUGGAUAUUAGUAAAGAAAAGAUGAUGUAGAGGCCUAACCUAUUCUUUGGUUUGUUACUUCUGCUGCAGCCGACUAGUUUCGCAGCUCUUCAGUGUUGCUUGAAAGUAUAAAGCAAAUAGUGGAGUAACGGAUGAUGCACCCAAACCAAACAAACUGCUCACAUUCCACCACCAUAUGAAGCCUGUUUUAUUUCUUUUCUUUGCUCUUCCAAUCGCACCACCGAUGAGCUGUGAACUCAGUGAAAGUAGUAAAUCAAUGAAUGGAUAAAACUUCUGUGUCAUCUUUUCUUCAAGGAAAUUCAAAUUUUUGAUGAAAAAUUAACAAAAACAGUCUCUGGUGGUUAACAACAUAAUUAUUUGUAAAGUCCAAAUUCUGAGUAAAUGUACUUGCUGAAGUUUAAUAAAAUUCAUUUAAUUUUAGUACAAUGUCAACAUUUUUAGAUUUGGAUUGGUGAUAUUGUUUUUUAAUUAUUAUUUACAUAAGGAUGAAAUAAAUAUAUGUUAAGUCUGUUAGGUCGAUUGUUUAUAUAUUUUUUGCAUUUGAUGUUUAGUGGGCAAGUCCUUAAUGUGUAAAAUUACACCUAAAAAAAAAGAGAAAUGCAUGCAUGUAAUGACAACUGGUUUGGUAUUGUAAGAAUCUAGUGUUAAGGUAUACAUUUGUGUAACAGUGUAGCACGUAAGGUUUUUAAACAUUAUCCCAUGUUUAGCGAAAUACAUUAGAAAUCACAUAUUCUCAAGAACUUUGCAUUUAAAAAAAAAGAACGAAGAGUAGAAGAUAAGCAGUGUGUGGACCCUAAUAGGAUGAGGCAUUCAUUAACACGGUUAAAAAACUUGUUUUUCAAAAUCACAAAGCACAGGCAGAAGCAACUCGGUUAAUCGUACGUUUUGAUUGGAUAUAGUGUUUCAGUAGGUAUUUAUGUUUCUUCAUGGUUUUCCAAAUAUCCAAACAGAAAUAGUUAUUUGUAGUGGCAGUGCAUUUUUCUCAAUUUGUUUAAAACUAGUUAAGACAUUUUUAAAACACAUGAAAUACCAGUCUCAUUUCACUUAAAAUUAAAUAUCACUAUUUCAUUGUUUCCUAUAUCUUGUAGCGAAAAAAAAAAAUUGGUGUAAAAUAGUUGAUAAAUAAUAACAUAAAUGUAUAAUUUUACACUGCCUAAGGACAAAAAUAAAUUAUUACUGAUUUUCACUGCUAAGAUAUUAGAAAAACAGUUUAGUUUCAGGUUAUUACAAGUGAAGUAAUAGAUGAUAGUAUCCAAUAAGUAUGACAUAUGACUGCAGAAGAGAUAAGUUUUCUCACAAUAUUGGGACUGUUUAUUGAAAUUAAAUGUCACGAGAUUUUGUAGACUAAUUAAAGUUAUCUUCUGUUUUCAAUUUAUGUUCAUAGACACUGUUUUUAAGCCUAAAAAUUUCAGAUGUUCGGUCUCUCUGGUUAUAAUUUUCUGGGAAAUUGUUAAUUAGUUCAAGAGAGAGACAACAUGUUUAUGUGGAAGAGUAGGUUAGUUUAGUGUCUAUUUGGUGAGAUACAGCUCAAUGUUUAAGCACAGUUUAUUUCUAGUAUCCCAGUUCUAAGAUAGACUACAAAUGUGUAGCACACGGUUGAGUGCCAAGUGUUUUUACUGUCCAUCUUUUGCAAGAAAAGAGAAAUCAUAGCCUAACACAUUGUAGCAACCUACAAGAAAAAAAAAUACUGAAUUACAUAUUGAGAAAAAUAUAAACAAAUUAUAUCUACUCACAUUCUCCAGUCACUUUCAGAUAACUUGUGUUUUUAAGAAACUGUUAUUCUACCCUAAAAUAAUCCUUAAAACACUGCCACUAAUUUUGGGGCUAGUAUGAAAUUAAAAGGAGCAUCAUUUCUCAGCAGAUCACAUACUUAUCGGUAGGUUAUAUAUUUUGAAGAAGUUUCUAGACAUUAAAUUAUCUCAUGUUGGGAUAAAAAUAGUUCCCAGUGAUUUAUUCCUAUACGUUACAUCUUGAGUAUUAAUUAUUUAAGAUCUAUACAACUCCAUUGUAUAGUUUUUUUUCAUCGAGUCAUAUGUAACUGGACCGAUGAGAAAGUAUAUUGCUUAGAAAUUUAGUUCUCAGUUAGUUAUUCUGUAAUAUUUGUCAUCAAGUGUGAGUGAGCAAAAACGUUUUGUAAUAUAUUUAAUUUAUAAAAUGUUAAUUGUACAGUAUUGAUCAUCGGAACAUAAUUGUUGGUCAUGAAACAGAUUGAUUUAAGUUUCAUAUUUGCUAAUGAAAUUAUAAGCUUUCUGCUAAUGUUUUAGUUUUAAAAAACUAGUUGUAUAAUAAACUGUGUUAUUGUAGUAACCUUUAUAAAGACGUAAUUCCCUCAACUACAAACUAAAUAAUAAAAAUAUCAGUAGAGUUUGGUCAUUUUAA